AGCCUGUGCCGCCUCGCGGCCGACGUCUCCGCGCCCGCGGCGCGCGGCGGCACGCCGCUGGCGGCCGCGGCCAGGCGCGGGCACGUGCAGGUGGCCCGCGCGCUCUGCCACGCAGGGGCCGACGCCGGGGGUGUCCUGGGGCCGCUGGCGCUGGCGGUCCUCGGGUGCCACCCGGGAGUCGCCAGCCUCCUGGCCUGGGAGGGCGCAGGGCGCACCCCAUGGCUCGAGGAGUACCAGGUC